GAGGAAGCCGGACAUUCGAGAGCGGCCGGUGCACAGCUUCGGAGUCCCCAGCGUUCCGCUCCAGCUCUCCUGAGGCGGCCGUACAAUCCUCGGCAGUGUCCUGAGACUGUAUGGUCAUCUCAGCGGCCGCACUCGCCUGACCCCGGAUUCCUUCCAACGCGCUCUCUUCGAGCCAUCGUUUUUGUUUGCUUGUUGGUUGGUUGGUUUUGUUUUGUGACAUCCCAGAAAACUGACCCCUGUCUGCGGAUAAACGGACCUUCAGGUCCCCUAUCGCUGCUCUCUCCUUUGGCGUCUUACAACCUCCUCCCACUCCUUUCCCCGGCCCCGCCUCCUCCUGCAGGUUCCUCCCCGCCACCCCUCUCCUCCCUCCUCCACCGCACCUAGCCAGGCGUCCGCAAACUUCCACCUGAUUGUGCGGGACACUCGGACCUGCGAGCACUAAAGACCUUUCACACCUGCCGGGGCCACAGAGAGCCGCCGAGGGCCACAGCAGAGGCAGCGGCUGCAGCCCCUACGGGCCUAAGGAACCCAGGUGCUCCGGGUCUCGGAGGGACACGGCGACAAUGACAGCUGACAAGGAGAAGAAAAGGAGCAGCUCGGAGCUGAGGAAGGAGAAAUCCCGAGAUGCUGCAAGGUGCCGGCGCAGCAAGGAGACCGAGGUCUUCUAUGAACUGGCUCACGAGCUACCCCUGCCUCACAGUGUGAGCUCCCACCUGGACAAAGCCUCCAUCAUGCGACUAGCUAUCAGCUUCCUGCGGACACACAAGCUCCUGUCCUCAGUCUGCUCGGAAAAUGAAUCCGAAGCCGAGGCCGACCAGCAGAUGGAUAACCUGUACCUGAAAGCCUUGGAGGGUUUCAUCGCAGUGGUGACCCAAGACGGUGAUAUGAUCUUUCUGUCAGAAAACAUCAGCAAGUUCAUGGGACUGACCCAGGUAGAACUAACAGGACACAGCAUCUUCGACUUCACCCACCCUUGUGACCAUGAGGAGAUCCGUGAGAACCUGACUCUCAAAAACGGCUCUGGCUUUGGGAAGAAAAACAAGGAUAUGUCUACUGAACGUGACUUCUUCAUGAGGAUGAAGUGCACAGUCACCAACAGAGGCCGGACUGUCAACCUCAAGUCAGCCACCUGGAAGGUCUUGCACUGCACCGGCCAAGUGAGAGUCUACAACAAUUGCCCUCCUCACAGUAGCCUCUGUGGCUACAAGGAGCCACUGCUGUCCUGCCUCAUCAUCAUGUGUGAACCGAUCCAGCACCCAUCCCACAUGGACAUCCCCUUGGACAGCAAGACUUUCCUGAGCCGCCACAGCAUGGACAUGAAGUUCACCUACUGUGACGACAGAAUCAUGGAACUGAUUGGUUACCACCCCGAGGAGCUGCUUGGCCGCUCUGCCUACGAGUUCUACCAUGCCCUGGACUCGGAGAGCAUGACCAAAAGUCACCAGAACUUGUGCACCAAGGGGCAGGUGGUGACUGGCCAGUACCGGAUGCUGGCGAAACAUGGAGGAUAUGUGUGGCUGGAGACCCAGGGGACAGUCAUCUACAAUCCCCGCAACCUGCAGCCCCAGUGUAUCAUGUGUGUCAACUACGUCCUGAGUGAGAUUGAGAAGAAUGACGUGGUAUUCUCCAUGGACCAGACGGAAUCCCUGUUCAAGCCCCACCUGGUGGCCAUGAAUGGCAUCUUUGACAGCAGUGGCGACGCGGCCGUUUCUGACAAGAGCAACUACCUGUUCACCAAGCUGAAGGAGGAGCCCGAGGAGCUGGCCCAGCUGGCCCCCACCCCAGGGGAUGCCAUCAUUUCUCUGGAUUUUGGAAGCCAGAACUUUGAGGACUCAUCAGCAUAUGGCAAGGCCAUCCUGCCCCCAGGCCAGCCGUGGGCUGCAGAGCUGAGUCACAGUGCCCAGAGUGAGUCCAGGAGCCUGCCUGCCUUCACCGUGCCCCAGGCGGGCACCCCAGGGAACACCACGCCCAGUGCCACAAGCAGCAGUAGCUGUUCCACGCCCAACAGCCCCGAGGACUAUUACUCAUCUCUGGAGGAUCACUUGAAGAUCGAAGUGAUCGAGAAGCUCUUUGCCAUGGACACAGAGGCAAAGGACCAGUGCAACACCCAGACGGAUUUCAACGAGCUGGACUUAGAGACGCUGGCACCCUACAUCCCCAUGGAUGGGGAGGACUUCCAGCUAAGCCCCAUCUGCCCGGAGGAGCCCCACAUGCCAGAGAGCCCCCAGCCCAGUGCCCAGCACUGCUUCAGCACCAUGACAAGCAUCUUCCAGCCACUAGCCCCGGGGGCCACCCACAGCCCCUUCUUCCUGGACAAGUACCCGCAGCAGCUGGAGAGCAGGAAGUCGGAGCCCUGGCCUGCAUCCUCAGUCUUCUUUGACCCUGGGAACAAAGGGUCCCUGCCCCCUUGCUGUGGCCAGGCCAGCACUCCUCUCUCUUCUUUGGGAGGCAGAUCCAACACUCAGUGGCCUCCAGACCCACCAUUACAUUUUGGGCCCACCAAGUGGCCCGUGGGCGACCAGAACCCCGAAUCACUGGGGGCUCUGACAUUGGGGCCAUCACAGUUGGAGCCUCCCAACACCUCACCGCAUGUCUCCAUGUUCAAGAUGAGGUCUGCAAAGGACUUUGGGGUUCGCAGCCCGUACGUGAUGAGCCCAGCCAUGAUAGCCCUCUCCAACAAGCUGAAGCUAAAACGCCAGUUGGAAUACGAGGAGCGAGCCUUCCAAGACACCAGUGGGGGGGACCCUCCGGGGACCAGCAGCAGUUCGCAUCUGAUGUGGAAACGUAUGAAGAGCCUCAUGGGAGGGACCUGUCCUCUGAUGCCCGACAAGACCAUCAGUGCAAACACGGCCCCUGAUGAAUUCACCCAGAAAUCCAUGCGAGGCCUGGGCCAGCCACUGAGACACCUGCCACCCCCACAGCCACCAUCUGCCGUGAGCCCGGGGGAGAGUGCCAAGAGUGGGUUCCCGCCACAGUGCUAUGCCUCCCAGUUCCAGGACUACAGUCCUCCAGGAGCCCAAAAGGGGUCAGGCAUGGCAAAUCGACUGCUGGGGCCAUCGUUCGAGCCUUACCUGUUGCCGGAACUGACCAGAUAUGACUGUGAGGUGAACGUGCCCGUGCCGGGAAGUUCCACACUCCUGCAAGGAAGAGACCUUCUCAGAGCUCUGGACCAGGCCACCUGAGCCUUUGGCGGGGCGCAUUCCUGCCUGCCGCCCAGUCCUGCCGGCUUCACCUUCCGUCUGUGUUGCAACUAGGUAUAUUCUAACACCAGCACACUUAAGAGAUGCGCUGGCCUGGCGGAUCUGCCCAGGUCGCCACGCAGUGGCCUUUAUCUGACAUGCUCACUUUAUUAUCCGUGUUUUAAACAGUACAUAGUUGUUUUACCGUCGAUGAAAACAUCCCGAAAUUUUAUAAGAUUUCCCCCUCCCUCCCCCGAAUUAUCUCUAAUUUAUAUUCCCCACAGGUUUCUCUCUCACAUUCAGUAUCUGUACUAACAAGCAUGGAGGAUGUUGGCUCUCCUGCUAGGGAAAGCUUUGGCUUCAUUGUGGUUUUUUUCAUUGUUGUUGCCAAAGAGAAAAGGAUUUUUCCUUUUCUACGUUCCGCUGUGGAUGCGCGCUAUUUCUCUCUCUCUCACACACAGACCCCUAAUCACCAUCUUGUAAAAUUUAGUGUUGUUUUUAAAGAGCCAGCUCUGUGCUCUGGUUCUGAUACAGCUCAUGGGGCAGAAAAGCAAAUGUGACGGGUGAGCGCCAGGGUCACCUGUUACGCCACACAGUGGCCUUCCUGAACCGUCUGGUGGCGUCCCCCCAUCUCACCGCCAGGUUCAGUGGAUUUUUUUAUUAUUACUACUCAAAAGCAAAACUGAGGGGAUUUUUUUAAAGGAAAAUUUAUAUGGGUACUUUGUAAUAUCUAAAAACUUAGAGAUGGAAUCCUGCUCACAAAAUCACUCUUAAGGUCUUUCUUGGGUUGUUAUUUUCCUCCGUGUUCUGGACACCAUAGAACUGUGUAGUGCCCCGCCCCCCCAAGCCUAUACUAACCCUGCUAUGGAUCCUCUCUCUCUGGUGACCUUUUUGCUUUUGUGAUAUGCCACAAACAAACCCAGGGGUGGAGUCAUUAAGGGCAAGCGUUGCAGGCUGUCUUCUGUCCCCAAGUUCCCUGUGCGUUAUGUACGAACGCAUUGUCAUUGCUGCCACGAGGGCUUUGAUGACACCUGGGGGAUGGGAAGGGUGCGCUUUCACUCUGUUCGGGUGGCCUUGCAAGCCCUUCAAGUGCGCUGAGCUCGGUUGGCGGCACACUGGGGCCUUUCCACAGCUACCACGAAACGGUUUGAGUGGAGAAUCACCAAUAACGUAGUGACCCAGUUCUUGGAGCUAAACUGGGAAAUGGUGCCAGGUCUGAUCAGCCCUGCACUCCACCACACCCUGCAGCUUGCAGGGCACAUGCCCCCCUCCCUCCCCCCCGCAAAGCUGAGGCUCAGCACCGCUUGUUGGCGAGCGGCAGGCAGACCUCGGGGACGGCCCCUGGCUGAGGUCUCAGUCACAGGUAGUGAUGUGAAUGGGUAGGAAGCCCUGAAAAUAGUGUCCCCAGAGCACUUUGUAACUCACUGGGGAGGAGGGAGGCCGCCUUCCGAGUGUACGAUGCCAAUCAACAGAAGAUGUUGUCGACUUGGGUACACAAUAAAACUUUAAAUACACACGAAGCCCAUCAGGCCAGAAUGCAGUCAGCCUAAAGGGAGUUACUGCUCAAACCAAAAAUUAACUUUCAAAAUCAAUCUACCUAAAAUUACCUAGGCACAGUGUUGUCCAAGGCGCACGUUGGUGCACAGUGUGGCCUGACACACAGGGACAGAACUUGAAGGGUUAUUGACAUGUAAAUGAUGCUGGUAUUUGAUUUCCUGUGUUGUUGCCUCAGCGUCGAGGGCAUUUUCCCUUUGCAGUUUUACUAAAAAUAAAACACUCUAAGAAAGAUUCCGAGCUUCAUAUUAACCUUUCCUGUCAAUGUAACAACUUCGUGAACAUUACUGCAUUGUCAAAUUCCUACUGACGACAUUAUAACUGUAUGGGAGCUUAACUUUAUAAGGAAAUGUAUUUUGACACUGAUAUCUUAUUAAAGUAUUCUGAUCCUA